AUGGAAAGCCUUUUAGAUAUCGAGUAUCAAGAAUGGCUUGAUAAUGCCCUAAUAAAUAAUGAGAUUAGAAGAUAUGAUUUUGGUGAUUUUGGUGAUUUUCAAGAAAUUGGAAGUGGAGCAUAUGGCACGGUCUAUAGUGCUAAAUUAAUACCGGAAAAUAGAAUCGUUGCUCUAAAGUCGAUUACCGUCUGUCCUAGAUUUACAUUUGAAUUAUUAGUUAAUGAGCUUAAACAUUGUUUAAAAACUAGAUCGCAUGAAAAUAUCAUCGAUUUUUAUGGAAUAGCACAGAAAG